UGAGAAGUAGACGAAACUUUAGUGAAAUUGAGUGAUGAAAAAUUUCUAGAAACGUGAUACCAUUUGUAGAGUUUAUUUAUUUUAAAUAAUAGACUAUCAAAACGUAAUGUGUUGUUACUAGAUUUAUUUCACGGAUUGUUAGUUUCGUGGUUAUUACUUUUCCUUAAAAGUAUACAAUUUUAUAUAUAAUUUCUUGUGUGUGAUAUAAAAUGGCGUCCACAGACCCUCAGAAAAAUCGUAUGCAAGUAUUUAAGAACAAAGGAAAGGAUCAAGAUGAAAUGAGAAGGCGAAGAAAUGAAGUUACUGUAGAACUCAGAAAAAAUAAGCGUGAUGAAACUUUACAAAAACGUAGAAAUGUUCCAAAUGCUGCAGAUUCAACUGACGAUGAUGACAUAGAAAAAUCAUUGAAUAAUGCAAAUCUGAAACUUCUUGUUGAAAAUGCAGGUCGCUCAGAUGAUCCCACCCUGCAAUUAGCUGCAGUUCAAAGUGCAAGAAAACUUUUGUCUUCUGAUCGUAAUCCACCAAUUGACGCGCUCAUUGCUAGUGGCAUAUUGCCCAUUUUGGUUUGUUGUUUGGAAUGUUCGGAUAACCCAGCAUUACAAUUCGAAGCUGCCUGGGCUCUGACUAAUAUUGCAUCUGGAACAAGCCAACAAACUAAUUUGGUUGUUCAUGCUGGUGCUGUUCCUUUGUUCUUGAGAUUACUUAUGUCACCACAUCAAAAUGUAUGUGAACAAGCAGUGUGGGCUUUGGGCAACAUUAUUGGUGAUGGCCCUUGUUUAAGAGAUUAUGUGAUAAAAAUGGGAGUUGUGCAGCCACUACUUUCAUUUAUCAAACCGGAUAUACCAAUAUCAUUUUUACGUAAUGUAACAUGGGUUAUUGUCAAUUUAUGUCGUAAUAAAGAUCCUCCUCCACCCGUUGCAACAAUUGAAGAAAUUUUACCUGCCCUGAAUAUACUGAUUCAUCACUCAGAUAUAAAUAUAUUAGUAGAUACGGUUUGGGCUUUGAGUUAUUUGACAGAUGGUGGAAAUGAUCAAAUAGAGAUGGUCAUAUUCAGUGGGGUUGUACCAAAAUUAGUACCUCUGCUUUCACAUAAAGAAGUAAAAGUGCAGACGGCUGCUUUAAGGGCAGUAGGAAAUAUUGUUACAGGAUCUGAUGACCAAACACAAGUUGUGCUCAAUUGCGAUGCUCUUUCACAUUUUCCUGCAUUACUUUCACAUCCUAAAGAGAAAAUUUGCAAAGAAGCAGUUUGGUUUUUGUCAAACAUCACUGCAGGCAACCAAUCUCAAGUUCAAGCUAUCAUCGAUGCCGGUCUUUUACCUAAAAUUAUUCAAAACUUAAGUAAAGGUGAAUUCCAAACGCAGAAGGAAGCAGCUUGGGCAAUUAGUAAUUUAACUAUUAGUGGCAGUAGGGAGCAAGUAGCACAACUUAUUCAAGAAGGAGUUAUACCACCUUUUUGUGAAUUACUCAGUUGUAAGGAUACUCAAGUUAUUAAUGUUGUUUUGGAUGGUAUAAACAAUAUGCUGAAAAUGGCAGGUCACGAAGCAGAACAGAUAGCAAACAUGAUUGAAGAGUGUUCGGGUCUUGACAAAAUUGAAACUCUUCAAAAUCAUGAGAAUGUUGAAAUCUAUAAAUUGGCCUAUGAUAUUAUUGAACAAUAUUUUUCAGAAGAUCAAAUGGAAGAUCCACGAUUAGCUCCCCAACCCGGAGAUGCAGGUUUUCAAUUUGACCCAAGCACCAGCAUACCCAGUGAGGGCUUUAAAUUUUAAUCAUACAUUUACUAAUAACAAACUCUAUAAUGUGAAAUUAAAAUGCGUAUAAGUUUCGAACAGUCUGUAUAAAAAAUUCUUAAGCUGGUGACAUCAGAAGUAUUGCUUUACACAAUAGAUUAACAUGGACAAGUUAAUCGAGAAGAAUAAAAAAUUUCUGUAUAUCUCUACAUAACAGUUUGUGAAAUAAUAUGUAGGUUUGACAAGGAUAUUCAAAUUAAAUAU